AAGGACAACAGCAACCCCAUAUCCCAUAUAUAGAGAGAGGGUGCCGCACAAAGCUUUGCAAAUACACGGUUCAGUUUUGUUACCGAUUCGAACUCGAAAGCUUCGGAUUUGGGAAUUACCCAGUUCAAUUGCUCACGAUCACUCUCUCUCUUCCCAAGCAUUGAGUAGCCAGCCUCAAAUGGCAGCACCUAAUAAUUCUGAUUUGGGAUCUGAACCAAAACCUCAAGUAAUAUAUCGCUGCAAGAAAUGUCGAAGAAUCGUUGCUUCACAGGAGCAUGUAGUUCCCCAUGAGCGCGGUGAGGGUCAAAAAUGCUUUAAAUGGAGAAAGAGAAGCGGUAAUCCUGGGAAAAAUGAUAAAGAGCUUCCUGAAUGUUCAUCCAUAUUUGUGGAGCCUAUGAAGUGGAUGGAAGCAGUACAAGAUGGUGGUGUGGAAGAGAAGAUUCAGUGCAUGGGCUGCAAAGCGCGAUUGGGUUCUUUCAAUUGGGCGGGUAUGCAGUGCAACUGUGGAGCUUGGGUUAACCCGGCAUUUCAGCUUCACAAAAAUCGAAUCGAUGAGUGCCAGAUCUGAGUCAGGUCAAUAUUCUCUCAUGAAAUCAUAGUUAAGGAGCAGUGCUACUAAAACAGAAACCAAACAUACUGAAUCACGGAGACUCACAUAACUGUGGACCCCACAAUGUGUAGGCCCCAUAAUCAUGUGAAUAUGUGUGAUCCAUUAUGUGUUGGUAUUGUGUUCCUAGCUUUUUUGGUAGUUAAGACAGUUAAGUAAUUAUGCUAGAUCAGCUGUCGGGUUUGCCUUGUUUUAACUUAUAGGCCUGAUGAAUGAUAAAAGUUUUCAAAAUGAGCCAUCUCCUUGCAAAAUGCAAAUCUUUUGAUGGAAAUGUGUUGCUGCUGGCAGUUAAAUUGUUUAUAUGGAAAAGUUACUACGGAUCCAGAAAAGUGUCGAGAAAAUGAAGUGUGUGGUGUAGAUUCAAAUUUGAUAUGGUGCCGGCUACUCCCAGAAUGAAUCUAGUCCACACAUUUCAUUUUCUGGAUGUUUUUCUGGAUUCGUAAAAUGUUUGAAUUGUUAUCAUAAGAAAAUUUUAUAAUCUGAUUUAUACGACUCUCU